AUGAACACGACAAGCGAAGAUAGGUCGAGGGUUAACUCUGCUGCUCAAGAGGGAGACGUAGAUCGCCUCUACACAGUGAUUCAAGAAAAUCCACACGUCUUGGAGGACAUAGAUUCCAUACCGUUUGUAGACACACCACUGCACGUUGCUGCAUCUGUUGGGCAUCUUCCAUUUGCUACUGAGAUCAUGAGACUAAAACCAUCCUUUGCAUGGAAACUAAAUCCACAAGGGUUCACCGCCAUCCACCUUGCUCUGCAAAACGGCCAUGAAAGAAUGGUCCUCAGAUUUGUAGCCAUCAACAACGACCUUGCUCGUGCCAAAGGGAGGAAAGGGCGUACUCCUCUUCAUUUCGUAAGUAAGAAAGGAGACAUCGACCUUUUGAUUAGGUUUCUUCAGCUUUGUCCAGAUUCCAUUGCAGAUGUGACAAUUAAAAAUGAGAGUGCAAUGCACAUUGCUGCGAGAUGUGGACAGUUUGAGGCUCUUCAAGUCUUAGUUGGGUGGCUCAUGAGAACUUCCCGAAAUGGUUGGAGACAAGAAUGUUGA